UCGUCGUAACACCGGUAUGACGGACUACACGUGGAACUAAUGUAAACACAUACCUAUGGAAAUUUGACUUGUGAAAAUGACUGAAGAUACAAAGGAUAUAGAGAAAAAAGUAGAAAAUAUGACAACCAAAAAUUUGGAAGAGGAUGUUGUCAAUCCAUGGGAAGUGGCGAGUUCUUCAGACAAAGGAGUAGAUUAUGAUAAACUGAUUAAAAGAUUUGGGAGUUCAAAGGUUGAUGAGGAACUCAUUAAAAGAAUCGAAACUGUUACUGGAAAACCAGCUCAUCACUUUCUUAAAAGAGGAGUGUUUUUCUCUCAAAGAGAUAUGCACCAGAUAUUAAAUUUGGCUGAACAGAAGAAACCAUUUUUCCUGUAUACAGGUCGCGGACCGUCAUCUGAAGCAAUGCAUCUUGGCCAUUUAAUACCAUUUAUCUUUACAAAAUGGCUUCAAGAAGCAUUUGAUGUUCCAUUAGUUAUUCAGCUGACAGAUGAUGAAAAGUUUUUAUGGAAGGAUCUGACUUUAGAAGAAUGUAGCAGACUUUCCUUUGAAAAUGCAAAAGAUAUAAUUGCCUUAGGUUUUGAUGUUGAAAAAACCUUUAUAUUUAGUGAUUUAGAAUAUAUAGCACAAAGUCCUGCUUUUUACAAAAAUAUGUUAAGAACACAGAAACUAGUGACAUAUAAUCAAGUGAAGGGAAUUUUUGGUUUUGAUGACAGCACAUGUAUAGGAAAGAUCAGUUUUCCUUCCAUACAAGCAGCACCUAGCUUUAGUUCAUCAUUUCCACAGAUAUUCAACAACAAAACUAAUAUCCCAUGUCUCAUCCCUUGUGCAAUUGAUCAGGAUCCAUACUUCAGAAUGACCAGAGAUGUAGCACCAAGAUUGGGUUAUUCAAAGCCAGCUUUAAUGCAUUCUACUUUCUUCCCAGCCUUACAAGGAGCACAAACUAAAAUGAGUGCAAGUGACCCCAAUUCAUCUAUUUUCUUAACAGAUACUGACAAGCAAAUAAAGACCAAGGUAAAUAAAUAUGCAUUCUCUGGUGGUGGCACUACAACAGAAGAACACAAGGAGAAGGGAGGGAACUGUGAUGUGGAUGUAUCAUACCAGUACUUAACAUUUUUCUUGGAAGAUGACAAAAGACUAGAGGAAAUUAGGAAAACCUACACAAGUGGAGAACUUUUAACUGGUUACUUAAAGAAAGAACUGAUAGAAAUAUUACAGAAAAUAGUAGGUGAACAUAGACAAAGAAGGUCCCAGCUGACAGAUGACAUUGUUAAACAGUUUAUGACACCUAGAAAAUUAAAAUUUGAUUAUUGACCAUAUGUGUAAUUUAUGUCUAUUUAUUUAUUGAAAGAACUUCACAAUAUUAAAAUGAAGUACGAUAUUGUAUGCUUGAAUGAUGUCAAAAUUUCAUUCCUCAAUUUUCAAAACCAACCAAACAAAUAUGUGUCUUAAUGAAAAUCAGAAGGCUUUGUAAAUUAAAAUUAAUUAUAUUCUGCUUUCCAAGUUUCUGUUAAACCAACACGGCAGCUGUAUUUAAAAAAAAAUGUGCGUGUAAUAUAGCUUUUACUGGAACGAUUUGUUUAAACAGUAAGGUUUAAAUCCUUAGAUUAAUGUCAUGGAAAUCAUUGUUUUAUGAAUAAUAUAAUUGACAUGCCCUUUAAAGAUAAUAUUCUGAUACCUCUUACCAACUCAACCAUCACAAACAAGGUUCACAAAUGGACAUGAUGGUUAAAGUAAUAAUUGAUUUUUGGUAUUUCAUGAUUAUUUUGCUUUUUAGAAAUAUUUAAAAAUGGCAAUGGAAUUGUAUGAAAAUAAACCUAUGAAUAAUCUUCA